CCGUGUCCACACACGGCACACGCCCUGGCACUGCUGCGUGGUCCCUCACUCACUCUACAGCGCCGUUACACAGGUCACGCCCAUUUGAGUCCGGUACCGCCCGUAGUAGCGCCCACUGUGCCAUCGGUCUAUGGACACACAGCUGGUUGCCAUGGUGAUUCAUCACUGUUUAUCACGAAGGCACCGCCCAAGUAACCGCCCACCCCGGUCCAGCUCAGUCCCUGUGGCAGACUCCAGCUCCCGGGUCAUUGGGGCAGAGCAUGAGCACCGGUCCUCUCCACCUGGCUGUAUUCUCCCUUGGGCAGCUCACCGGCAUCGCAGCGGGACUCGGCAGGCAUCUGGAUCAUUUACUGAACAUUCAAAGUAGACUUGAUCCAGACUCUGAAGCCCUUCCUUGGCAGAGCAGAUGUCAGAGCUCGGAACCACAGAGCUCAUUGUGCGUACACCGUCCUGUCUUAACGAAAAGGUGAACUACCCUGAUUCCGUAUUCCUCAAUGCGGCCAAAAUCUUCCAGGGCAUUCACCGGAAGAAACCUCCAGAUACCAUCCUGGUGAACUAUGGCAGUGACCUUGAGGAGCCCUUACCAGACUUUAAGGAUGAACGAUCGCAACGCUGGUGUUAUGACCUGGCUUUCAGUGCUCUGAAAUACCAAGAUCUUCUUGAAACAGUAUUACUUAUCAGUGGCUUCUAUCAUUCCCAAGAUUUGGCAGAUGACAUGACAAGUCUGGUAAUGGUGAUGUUGUAUGAUUUCCAAGAUCGUAAAUUUCAGCCACGUUACAUAUCCAAUAAAGAUGAAGUUAUAGAGGAUGUACGAAAAGUAGAAAAACUUCUGUACGGUUAUAAAACCAAGCUUGCUGCAGCCCUUGUAAAAUGUCGAAUUAAAUAUGCAGCUCCAACAAUUGAAUAUAUAUUACCAGAGGUUGUACGGAAACAGGAACAAAGAGCUUCAACAUUGCCAUUCUACGCUUGGGUUAAUACAGCCAAAACUAGUCUCACAGAGGUUUUUAACACACUAAACAAAGAAGGCUUCACUAAGGUCGACUCUCCCUCAGAUUUGGAUGGUUAUAAGUACUGCAUGGAUAAUCAUUGCCCGGAUUUGCUAAUUUUUCCACCACAUCUCAAAGAGGAACUGAACAACAUGGAAAUGUUCAUAGAUUACAAACUUUUAUUACAGGAAAAGUCACAUAACCUGGCGGUCCAUUUGGUAAAACCCUUGCUCAGCGUGAAUGAUGACAUCAUUGUGGCUAACCCUUGCCCAGGCUUUACUCUUGCCCACAUGUCUGUACUGACCAGCCAGUUGGCAUGCAACAUAUACAUAUGUGGCGUUAAGUCUGAAUCAAGAAGAGAAGAACUACUGGAGCUCUUUACCAACCUGGAAUGUCAAAAUAUUAAGAUGCUAAAAGAGAAUUUCACGGACAUCGACCCAUCGGAUCCUAGGUUACAGAAAGCAAAAGUCAUCCUGCUGCUGCCGCAGUGUUCUGGGUCAGGCCUUAGUGAUCCAGUGGAGUUUGUGUUAAACGAACAUGGAGAUACUGCAUUGCUUCAGGAUCUGUCUCAAGGAUCUGUGUCAGCUGAUAGACUCAAUGAUUUGGCCAAGCAACAACUUUCAGAGAUAAACCAUGCAAAGAAGUUUGGCAAGGUCCUGGGCAUUGUGUACUGCACGUGCUCCAUUUAUCCUGAGGAAAACGAACAUGUGAUAGAGGAAGCUCUUCAGCCCAAAAUGGAAGGAGUCAAAGAGCAGCCAUAUAGGCUCAGCCCUCCUGUUAUUCCUCUGUGCUCAUCAGCAGAAGUCAUGUCCACCUCUAAUAAGUUCUUUAAAAUGGAACCAUCAGAGACUUGCAAUGGUUGUUUUUUUGCUGUCCUGACAAGAGAGAGGGGCACAACUGAAUCUAUGUCCGUUAAAGAUAUUUUGGCUCGAGCUGCCACUAAAGGACUUCUUGAUGGUAUUGGCGUUCCAAAAACGCCCAGGAAGAAAAAAUCAAAGCCAGUUCAUAAAACUUCCAAAGCCACUUCAGUUGCUCAAGCAAACAUCACCGAGUUCCUAAAUAGGGAAAAUAACACAAGUGGCACAAAAACACCAACCUCACAUCUAGAUCAAAACAACGUGGAGAGAAACAUAAACAACAUUAGUAUUUUACAGACCAAGAAACAAACAAAACAAGUGCCCAUCCCCGCAACCAACGUAACAGUGAAAUAUACAAAAGGCCUCUCUUCCACAGGCACAUUCAUAGAGCGGCAGCAAAGUCCUGGCUGGCCAAAACUAGAACAGAAGGUUUCGUUGAAGCCCGUCCAGAUUAUGCUGCCCCCAGUAAUGGUUCCAUUGUUCAGUAAUGAGCCUACUGUCAAAAUCCGAAGUCCUGUCCACUAUUACCACCAGCGCUGGCACACUGGAACCCGGAGCAUCUCCCCAACAACGUUUAUGCCAAAAUUGUCUAUUGUGGGCAAACCCAAGGAAACGUCAGCUUUUACUGUACUUCGGCAUCCUAAACCAUGGCACUAAACACAAAUUGUUUUAAUUUCGUUUAGGUUUGUUUUAACUUUUUAUUGGGCUGUAAUAGUAGUACAGGUUGAGUAUUCCUUAUCCAAAAUGCCUGGGACCAGAAGCAUUUUCGAUAACGGAUUAUUCCGUAUUUCGGAAUAUUUUUAUAUUUUAAUGAGUUAUCUCAAGUAUGGGACCCUGUUGUGAACACAAAAAAUGCAUUUAUGCUGUAAAUAGACUUCAAACACAUAACAUACACACAAAUAUAAUUUAUUUGUGCAUGAAACAAGGUUUCAAAACCUGAAAACAUGAAGUGAAGUUUGUGUACAGUACGUGCUGAAUUUGAAUGCUACUGAUAUACAAUAAUUUUCUUGCACAUACAGGUAUUCACACAUAAGUAAAUAAAAGUACACUGUACUUAACUACUUAACAGUAAAACAUGUAAUAAACAUUAAUACAGGUACAGUGAAAAAGUAAGAGCUAUGGUAAAACUUACCCUUGUUAACUUUUUCUUCGAGGUCCAUUAAGAUCCACAGGGAUGACAUUGGGGGUAUAAUGGUGGAUACCAGGAUCAGGCACCGAACAGUUAAGCUUUUAAGCUCCCAAGAUGCACUGGUCCUUCUCCCUCAUAACCCGCCCACAGCUCAGGCUCCUCGGUUUUUUUUAACAAGCCCAAAGCAGGCGCUGAAGAAACCGAAAACACUCUCACCAUCAGGAGAUGGGAACUGGUGCCCGAGAUGAGUAACUCAUUGAAGUUAGGUGCGUCAGGGUGUUUCCCCUGUGAAUUCAGUAUACUAUGCACCAGUAUAGUAAUGCCCUGGUGUCACACACUGGGUCCUGGAGGGGGAGGGGGGGUGACGUGGUGACACAUACACCUUGCAUCCGGGGUAACACACACACACACACACACACUGGGUCCUGGAUUGGGAGGGGGGUGACGUGGUGACACAUACACCUUGCAGCCGGGGAGCACACACACACAGACUGGGUCCUGGAGGGGGGGUGAUGUGGUGACACAUACACCUUGCAGCCGGCGGAGCACACACAGACUGGGUCCUGGAGGGGGGGGGUGACCUGGUGACACAUACACCUUGCAGCCGGGGGAGCACACACACACACACACACACACACACACUGGGUCCUGAAGGGGGAGGGGGGUGACGUGGUGACACAUACACCUUGCAGCCGGGGAGCACACACACACAGACUGGGUCCUGGAGGGGGGGUGAUGUGGUGACACAUACACCUUGCAGCCGGCGGAGCACACACAGACUGGGUCCUGGAGGGGGGGGUGACGUGGUGACACAUACACCUUGCAGCCGGGGGAGCGCACACACACACACACACACAC